CUCAUUCGUUCGUCUACUGUGAACAAUCAAAGUCAAAAUGCCAUUUUUGCUUCAAGUUUGAAUAACUCGAUGGAAAAAAUUGGACCGCCAUCCGCGAGGACGCAAAUUAAAAAAUACAUUUCUUGCACUUGUGCGCAAAGUUCAACUAAAAAGAAUAAACCCGUUGACACGGCUUUUGACGUGAGACAGUAACAGCUGUUAUAACCUGUCGUGAUUCCGAUCGCGUCUGUUUGUGAGAAGAAUCUAUCGGAUUUACAAUAUGCAGGAACAAGACAUUCCGAUCGACAUCAACACUGGGAAAUUAUUGGACUGGUUGAUCAAUCGAAGACACUGUAAGAAAGAUUGGCAUACAAACAUCCUGACUAUAAGAGAGAAAAUUAAUAAUGCGAUACAAGAUAUGCCUGCUCAUGAUGGCAUUGCUUUGUUGUUAUCUGGUGCUUAUAUAAACUAUUUCUAUUGUGUCAAGAUUGUGGAAAUUUUGAAGGAAACAGAAGCAGAUACAAAGAAUUUAUUUGGACGGUAUGGCUCGCAACGGAUGAAAGACUGGCAAGAGAUUUUACGACUGUAUGAGAAAGAUAAUGUUUAUCUUGCUGAAGCUGCGCAAAUGCUCAUGAGAAAUGUGAAUUAUGAAGUUCCCAGUAUUAAGAAACAGAUACAGAAGUUGGAGCAAUCGUUGACUGAUUUUGAGAAGAAGGAAAUGGAAUAUAAAAAAUCGGAAAACAUGGCGCGUACAGAGUAUAAUGCAUUAUGUAAACAAUUAGGUAUAAAUGGCUAUAGCACAGCUAGGAGAGAAUUAAUGGAGAAAGUCGCAGAAUUGCCGGAAAUUUACCGGAGUGUAGCGGCGAAGACAAAAUGCUUGGACAAAGUUGUCGAGUUUUACAGUGCGUUUGUCGAGUUCACUCUUGGCCGGCAAUACGACAGCAAUUGCGUGUCGAUGAUUAAAUAUGUAAUUGAGAAAGGAAAUACCACGACGUAUGAAUAUACUUACGGAGAAGCUCCAGUCUCAAUAGUGGAGCCAGCGAUAAAUAUUAAGGCGGAUGAAGACGAGAAUGACGGGGGAAUUGGUGUGGAUACAAAUGCCAUUGAUUUUGGUAAUUUGGAUCUGAAUGGAGAGAUUGACUUUGGCGAAGAGGUUAAUUUGGAGCCGGCGGAAGGUGAUAUCGAUUGGGGGGACGAAAGUCUGGAGCAACCCGCCACGGAGGAAAUAAAUUACAAUAUCUCUUUGGAGGAGUCGGGCAUCGUUGUCGAGGCGGUUGGUCACGAAGGUGGCGCGGCUACAGGAUGCGAUGCGUACACGAUAUUGGACAAUCCUGUAACUAGAGUCGAUUUUAUCAAUCAGUUAUUUGAGUUGGAAGCGUUUAUGAAAUUACGCCUGUACGAAUUUAAAGGCGAUGACAAGAAAAAUCUGCUAAGCUUCAGUCAAAUGCAGGAUGCCUCUUCGAUCCUGCAACUCUCUACCACGGAGAGCACUCAAAAUAUGCUCGACAAUAUCCAAGUUGUUCUCUCUGAAAUAUUACACAACGACGUUCAGCAUUUACACAACAUCAAACAUUAUCCGAGGUACGUAGACGUAGUGGUUACCGGUUUGAGGCAGAAAUUGAACCUGAUCGGCAGAAUGGUGGCCCAACAAGAAUCCAUGCGACAGAAACAGGAGGACGCGCAGAAUCAAACUGAUAAAUUACGGCCGCUAUUGAAGCUCGUUGUGCAAAGAACCAGAGAAUUGCAAACAGAGAUAGAGCAAGAUAUUUCCAAAAAGUACAAGAAUAGAACGGUACACUUAACCGGAGGUGUAAAUACCCUGUAAAUAUUAGGCAAAUUGAUUAUCCAACUGAUUGAACGCAGUAUGUGUGUUCUUAAGUGUACAUAACUUCUCAGUUAAUUCACAGUACGAAUAUAUGGAUUUACUGCUGUGCGAAAUAUACAAUUUCUUUUAUUCUU